GCCAGCUCGCGGGUCUCGGAGACUAGUACCGCUUUGGGUGGUCGCCGGUCUUGGGCGCGCGCAGCCUCGUAGGCCAGCACGCCCAGCGGCGUUCUGGAACGGCGGCCGCCAGGCAGGCACUGAGACCUGGUGCGCCCCUCUUUUCCCCAGGGCGGGCCGAGAAAGGAGCCGGUUUACGAGGGGACAGGCAGAUGUGGCCGGGGCCCCAACCAGAUGAGCCGUACUGUGUUAAAUGGCCGCCCCAAUCCGGCGCCUGAGAGUUUAAAGGCUUGCCCUGAGGCCCAGAGAUCGAGUCACCGACGAGACUUUCCACCCGUUUUGGCGAAGGUUCCUGACUGACAGCCAGAGCUUGGCUUGGAGCUUGCUGCCCGGCCGGAUUCCAGGCAGCCAGUCCUGAUCUUAACCACCUUCACCUGUCUGCCCACCUUUGUGCGGAGUAGGGAGGGUGGAGGACUGGUCGGUUCAGCUUGCAGAGAGCAAGUUCUAGCUAGUUUAGGACAUGGAGGGACUUCCUCAUAUUUCCUUUCUUCUUUCCCAGAUUGGCUUAUUCAGGAUUCUUUGCCCUUGCCUGGGAGAACAGUUCAGGAGACAGAUGGCCCCAAGGCUACCAAGAGCCCAGAUCCAGGCAAGUUUGGUUUUAACUUUUCCUGAGGAAUUGCCACCCUUUCAAAAUGAAGCUGGGUUUAUGCUUGUCUGGAAGGUGCUCUGCCCUGUGUAUGGACCAAAUUAGGUUCCCUGAGCCAAUCCUGGAUAGGUGCAGCGCUGCGGAGAAAGGACCCCUCUCCCCACUGUUGUCCCUUCAUGUCCUCUCUACACAUGACAGAGUCAUUCACUAAAUAGAUGAUUGCUACCCAUGCUUUCUAGAGUGCUAGAAACUGAAGAGUACUUUGUAGGUAAGGAAUAGCCAUUGUCUCAAAGUGAGUUUGCCACCUCGCAGAAGAUGAAGGACAGACACAUCAUACAAGGACAGAGGCUGAUAGAUAUGACACAAUGAUGGGAUCACUGACAUUUGGGGAUGUGGCUGUGGCCUUUACCCAGAUUGAAUGGAAACACCUGGAUGCUGCUCAGCGGGCCCUGUACAAGGAUGUGAUGCUGGAAAACUAUGGGAAUCUGGUGUCAGUGGGGCUUCUCUCUUCCAAACCCAAACUAAUCACCCAGUUGGAGCAAGGGUCAGAGCCAUGGAUGGAAGUACAGCAAGUUCCAUCAGGUACUUGUUCAGUCCAGGAGUACUGGUUUGAAACAAAGGUGUCCACCCUAAAGCAAAAUACCUCCGAAGGAUCUGAUCUGGGAGAAGAAACAAAAAUUGACAUGAUGGAGAGAGGCCUGGACUGGGAGGGCAGAAGUUCCGCAGAGAAGACACAUUAUAAAUGUGAGGAAUGUGGGAAAGUCUUCAAAUAUAAUUCCUCCUUUAUUAGCCACCAGAGAAAUCAUACUGGUGAGAAACCCCAUAAAUGUAAUGAAUGUGGGAUAGCCUUUAUGAGCAGCUCAUCCCUUUUAAAUCAUCGUAAAAUCCACACAGGCAAGCAACCCUAUAGAUGUAUUGAAUGUGGGAAAUUCCUUAAGAAGCACUCAACAUUUGUUAAUCAUCAGAAAAUUCAUUCUAGAGAGAAACCUCAUAAAUGUAAUGAAUGUGGAAAAGCUUUUGGAAAGAACUCUAUCCUUUUACGUCAUCAGAGAAUUCAUACCGGUCAGAAGCCCUACAAAUGUAAUGACUGUGGGAAAGCCUUUGCUCAGAAUGUAGCCCUUACUCGUCAUGAGAGAAUACAUAGUGGAGAGAAGCCUUUUACAUGUAAGGAAUGUGGGAAAGCUUUUAGGGAUAACUCAACUGUGUUGGAACAUCUGAAAAUCCAUACUGGUGAGAAACCAUAUCAAUGUAAUGAAUGUGGAAAAACCUUUAGGAAGAGCUCAACACUUGUUAGUCAUCAAAGAAUGCAUACCGGAGAGAAACCCUAUCACUGUAAUAAGUGUGGAAAAUCUUUCAGGUAUAGCUCAUCCUUUGCUGGACAUCAGAAAACUCAUAGUGGAAAUAAACCCUAUCAAUGUAAUGACUGUGGGAAAGUCUUUACGAAGAGCUCAACCCUUAUUGGACAUCAGAGAAUUCAUACUGGAGAAAAGCCCUAUCACUGUAAGAAAUGUGGGAAAUCCUUCAGACAUAGCUCUGGCCUUGUGGAACAUCAGAGAAUCCAUACCGGAGAAAAACCUUAUGAAUGUAAUGCAUGUGGGAAGGCUUUUCCUCAGAGUUCAGCCCUUAAACAACAUAAGAAAAUGCAUAACAAAGAAAGAGCCAUCAAAUGUAAUUAGUGUGGUAAAUCAGGCAAAAGUAAUUAUUCUUUUUGACCGUCAAAGGGGAGACAUUCAACAAAUCACACACUUAACAAAAAUAGUCUGCGUACCUCUAUCCUGGAGAACUUCUCACUUGUGAGGAUGUUCACUGUCGUAUGGUUUGUAUUAGUGAAAUAUUUGAAGAACCUAAAUGUUUAUCAAUAUGGAAAUAGUUACUAUAGAACACUAUGUAGCAAGUAAAAAGAAUGAAGUAGAGCUCUAUAGAGAGCCAUAGAAAUAUCCCAUGAUACCUUGUUCCAGUUAAAAAAAAGUAAGUUGCAGAAAAUCUACAUAUUGUGGUCCAAUUUACAUUUUAAGAAAUGAAGCUAUUUUGUUUUAUGUAUAUAUCCUAUGUAUUCAAAAAGAUCUAGUAAAAUAAAGUCCAAAAGU